AUGGCUUUCCUCGCUCCAGCGCCUCGGCCGCGCGUCGCUCCUCGCUCGCUCGCGAACGCGACGCGGCGCGCGUGCGCGCGCACCGUCGUCGCUCGCGCCGACGGCGGAGACGACCGAUCCGCGCCCGAUGUGGGCCCACUGACGAAGCGAGGAAAGCCGAUGCCCGAGCGACAAAAGCCUCGACGGAGAAAACCGAAAACGAACGGCCCGACCGAGUCCAAGCCCGCGCCGCCGACCGCGGAGGAGCUCACGGCGAGCGCGAGAUACGACGACAUCGUCGCCGCGGGUGGUGUGGUGUUUGAGGUGUUCGUCAGGGCGAAAGGACCGAACCAAUGGUUCCCGGUUGGCCCGCUCGCGGUGAAGUCGCCGAGAGCGGUGAAACGAGAGAUUUGGGCGGCGGAGCAACCGCUGCGAACGGCGGCGUUGAAGAUGUAUCCGGCGCUCGCGAAGCCGCCCGCCUUCGGGAACUUGGAAUACGGCUACCGCGAGCGCGACGAAUCGUCCAAGAUAACGGAGGCGGAGAUAAGAGAGAAGAAAGGACAAAAGAAUCCGUUCGACGACGUAGUAUUGCUUACCAAGGAGGACGACUCGUCGGAGAGCGAGGAGGAGAGCAUCUUCGUCAAACUCUCGAACUCGUUCAAGAAGGCGUUGAACCCGUACGAUGCGUGA